UGUACGUAAAAAAAAAAGAAAGAAAGUACAAAUGUUACACACUUUUAAAAAUUGCUUUUGGUAUACAAAUAAUCAGUUCAGUAACUAAGAUGAGCGUAUUGCAAUCCUUACAUCACAAAUUUAAAUUAACAAAACGUAUAAAUUGUAGUAUAAUUUAGAUAAAGGACUAUUAAAAUCUUGUAAUCAAGUGAACACGACUAGCUGGUUUAAAUGUUCCUAAUAAAACUUUAGGCAGUACGUAUAUACACUUGCUUCAAAUAUUUGCAAGCUUUUUGUUACUCAUUAGCUUUCUUUAAAUAGCAGUCCCCAUUUUUUGUGUUGUGCUUUUAAAAAAUGAAAAAUGAGACAUUUUGCUACUCUCAAUUGCCCAUUCAUCCUAAUGAUAUGUUGAUAUAUUUGUGUAGGCUGGUGGAAUUAUUGAAAGCUAGAAAUGCAUGCUAUGGCAGUGCUGACGUUUAUGUCAGUUAGUAGUGUAUGGGCCCAAUUAUUUCCAGGUAAUACACAUUUUUUAAACUUGUGUUAACAUGCGCCUAAAUGCGUUAUCACGCACUGAACAUGGACAAUUCAAAAGUUAUUAUUGCAAAGCCUGUUUCGUACAUAUAUCUAUCAAAUUAAUCAUGAGAGUUUUCUAUCGUAGGCAUGUUUGGAAACUUUAAUUAUGUAUUUUUAGCGUUAUAAUUUAUCUAUCUUUUGUCGUCAUAGGUAAAGGUACUUUCAAAAUAGUGGGAAUAAUGCCAAUAUGGAACGAAGAAAGCAAACUGAAUUAUCAAUCUGGAUUCAUGAUGGCAAUGGCGAUGCAAUAUGCUAUCGAACAUUUAAACAACAAAACCUCAGAUGGCUAUAAUUUCGACUAUGAAAUAAUCGACGCCAAUAAUAGAGAUGAAGUAAAUAGAGGUUUCUUAAAAGCAUUUUUAGACAGUGGUGCUUUCGUCAUUGGUCCUUUUUCAUCCGAAACAUCCUAUACAGCAACCGUUCUGACAAGCACAUUUAAAAUUUUAUCAAUAAGCUAUGGUGCAACAUAUAGCGAAUUUGCCAAUCAUGGUAUGUCCAAAGGAAAUAUGCUUCGAACAGUACCAUCUGACUCUUACCGCAUUGAUGCAGCUCUAGAAUUUCUAAAGAAAAUUAAAUGGAAUUACGUAGGGGUUGUUGGUUCAUAUGGUAAUGACGGACAAAGAGAAGGUGCCAAAUUCGUAAACAAGUUGAGUUCAAUUGAUGCUUGCUUGAGUAUGAAUUUAAAUAUCCCUUCAAACGGAACGAAAGAUGACUAUAAUGACAUUUUGAAUCGUUUGAAUAGAUACACUAGAAUUAAAGUUUUAAUCCUGUUUACCACUUUAAGAGACUCUAGAAAUAUGUUCAAAGCUAUUGGAGAAUUGAACUUAAGAGGCCGGUUUUAUAUCUUGUGCAUGUACGGAUGUACUAACUUUUUUGAAGUUACGCAUGGAGUGGAACAUAGUGCGCUAGGGGUAAUUAGCUUAGAUGUAAAUUACCCCAAAGUAAAAGGGUUGAAGAAAUAUUUUUUAAAUCAAAGACCUUCAAAUACGUCUGCAGAUUAUUUCAAAAAAUAUUGGCAGGACGUAUUUUCCUGCAAUCUUAAGUAUAGUACAAACCGAAAGUAUGAUAGGAACUGCUCUGACAAGGAACAGUUGUCAGAUAAGCACUAUUUUCCUUUGAGCCCGGUGUCACUGGUUGUGAAUGCAGCGCAUUCUAUUGGUGAAAUAGUUAAAUAUUUGAUACAACAUGCCUGUCGGAGUGGUACAGAUUUUAUUAAAAAUGACACUUGUACUUUACACCCAAAAAGAGAUCUUAAAUAUUAUGAUAUACAGUUGUACAUAAUUGCAAUCUAUUAUCUCCAUGUGACUGAAGAUGGGAAAAUCUUAGACAACAGUCCAUUGGUAGACAGUUUUGAUCCACAACUCGCUAUAAAAUAUGAUUUCCAUCAGUUUACCAACAACAGUGGUUCAUUCGAAAACCAAUUAAUAGGUCGUUGGGUGACUUACUACGGUGAUGCAAAUAAAAUUUCAAAGCUAGUUCUAUAUAACAAUCAAAAUCUGUCCGCAAUGAAAGCUACUUGCAGUAGUGAUUGCCCACCAGGCUUUAUCAAAGACAGAGAUGCAAACAUUCAAAUAUCAAGAUGUUGCUGGAGGUGCCAAAUAUGUCCACGGAAUACAAUUGUGGUAAAUGACACGUGUCACCCUUGCAAGGAAACAGAAAAAGCACAAAUCAAUCGGAAUAUAUGCUUAAAGCUACCAGUAAAAUUUAUUGAUUUUGACACCAGUGUUCUACCUUAUGUCGUUGUUAUUAUUUGUGUUAUUGGACAUUGCUUAGUUUUGAGCGUUGUUGGUUUUUUCAUCAAAUAUGACAGCUUCCGUAUUAUCCGUGCAUCCGGUCGUGAUUUAUGCUAUAUGAUGCUGAUGGGUAUAUUUCUUGUGCUUUCCUGUCCAAUCAUAUUUCUCGUACGACCAACACUGUUCGUAUGCAUCGUACGUGAAGGAUUGCCGGGAGUGGCGUUUUUGUGCUGUUACGCUCCUUUGUUUUUAAAAGUCAAUCGGAUAUACCGGAUUUUUAAUCAUGCUACCAAAUCGGUAACUAAACCGGUAAUGGUAAGCUCCAGAUCAUUACUGAUUACAGCUUCCAUUAUUGUUUCCGUUCAAAUAGCAUUAAUGGCAGUAUGGUUUAUAUCAAAUGUUCCACAACCAAUACAAAUUAUUUCUAGUCACAAGAGUUACAUCACGCUAAGCUGUAAAGAUACCGCAAGCCCUUUAUUGUUGCUUCUAAACUUAGCUAUUAGUGUCUUUUUUAUGCUUGCAUGCACUGUUCUUGCCUUCAAAACAAGACACUAUCCAAAGAACUACAACGAAGCAAAGUAUAUUGGGAUCUCGCUUUACAUAACUUGCGUUGCAUGGUCCAUUUUUGUGCCUGCCUACUUUCUUUUACCAAACAGAGAUUAUUUAAGGGAAUAUUUUAUGAGCGGUAUCUGCAUUGUUAUAGGUUAUAUCACGCUGGUUGGUUUGUUUGGACCUAAAAUUCGAUUGUUGAUCUGUCAACGUGAUUUACAAUGUGCUAACGAAAACCUCCCCUCUUGGCAUUUGAGUCAAAACAGCUCAACGAAUCGUCUCAAACAAUCACAAUGUUCUACAGAAAGCAGUUUUCAGUCAAACGAUUCGUGGUUGUGAUGUAAAAUGAAAUAAGAAUGACUAUUGAUGUGUGCUUGUUCCGAAAAGUUAACCAAAUUUUCGUACAGAGUGGGAUGUAAUCUCACACAAGUCAAACUUUUCGAUUUCUAGUAACAGCUUUUCUAGGACUGACGCCUGAGACUGUCCAUGGGAAGAAUGCUGGAAAAGUUGGAAUCACAUGGAUUUUGAAAGAAUGUUUUUACUUCUUAGAAUUUGUAGAUGAUUAGUUCGUUGUUUUUUUAACUUUUUUGUAGCUAAUACUAUAGUACGAGUAUAAUAUGCAGAUUUUUUUAAUAUUUCUUCCUAGCUGUUUUGUUUAUUUGGAACAAGGCUAGCAAUA